AUGUCGUCCCCGAAGAAAGUCCUCCUCGUUGGUGCCAGUGGAAAUCUAGGCACUCAUGUCUUGAACGCCUUCCUGGAGUCACCCUACAACAUCAGAAUCCUCACCCGCAAAGACUCCACUUCCACGUUCCCCGAUGGCAUUCCCAUCUUCCGAGCAGACUACUCCAACCAAACCGACCUCGAAACCGCAAUGCGCGGCCACCAGAUCGUCAUCUGCAUGGUCGCCAUCUUCGCAACAGGAGGUCAACAAAUCCUCAUCGAUGCAGCCAUCGCAGCCGGAGUAGAAAUCUUUCUCCCCAGCGAAUUCGGCCCUCCAUCCCGUGAUGCGAAAUUCGCCGCUUUACAUCCUGCUUUACCGCCGAAAGUCGCAACGGUAGAUUAUCUUCGAACGAAAGAAGAUUUAAUUUCCUGGUCGGCAUUGAUUCCUGGUGCAUUUUUCGAUUGGGGGAUGGAAUUGGGACUUUUUGGGUUUGAUGUACAAAUGAAGACUGCAACAUUGAUUGAUGGCGGAACGGCUGUCUUCACAGCCUCAACGCUGCCGACGAUCGCGAAGGGAAUUUUAGCGAUGUUGGAACAGUUCGAUUUGGUGAAGAAUCAAUAUGUUUAUAUUUCGUCGUUUCAUAUUUGUCAGAAGGAUGUUUUGGAGGUUUUGGAGAGGAUUGAUGGGGAAAAGUGGACUGUCAAACAUGUUACAUCGGAGGAAGUUAUUGCGCAGGGACGGGAGAAAUUGGCUGGUGGGGAUACGAUAGGGGCUAUUGAUCUUGUGGGUGGUGGGGCGCUUGGGAGGGAGGCUUUGGGCGAUUCGAGGCCUUGGGGAAUGUGGGAUGAGAAGUUGGGGAUUCCGAGGGUCUCACUCUCACGAGCUCGCUUAUCAUCGACUUCAUCAUUCGCCAUGAAGCUGUUCGAUGCUCCACGUGGAACUCCAUACGCUCUGCGUUUCUUCAUUCUUGAGCGGCGUGGACUGAGCCUUGACAUCCAAAAUGUCGACACUGCCACCCUCGAGAACAGGCGAUCAGCUUAUCUGAAGGUAAAUGCCAGAGGCACCGUACCAGCACUGCAACUCGACGACGGCAUAACAGUCAUCACCGAACUCUCAGCCGUGGCCGAAUACCUAGAUGAAGUUGCACAAGGUGACUAUCCUUCACUGUUCGGUUCCAAUGCGCAAGAACGAGCGGAAACCAGAAUGUGGUUCAGGAGACUGGAUACAGAGAUCUGUCAGCCUGUGAUCGAAUGGUGGCGAGACGAUCCUGUCAAUCUGGAUCUCUUCUUGGGUCACCGCAUUCCAUGUCCUGAAGCGAGGCUCACCACGAAGCUGAGAGUAAAUCAAGCAUUGAACCAACUUGAGAACGAUCUCGAAGGCAAGACCUGGCUGUGCGGGGAUAGAUUCUCCGCAGCAGACAUCUUGUCGUAUGGACUACUGUGGAGAGUGGUUGUUCGAGGCGGGGGCGACUGGGUUCUGAAUCCUGCGAGGAGAAAUGUCGUGGCGUGGUGGACAAGGAUUAAGGAGCAGCCUGCUUCUUCACAAGCAGAGGACGUCUUCACGGACGGAGCAUUCCGCAACUGA